AUGCAGCAACUACAGCAGCGUCAAUACAUAGGCAAAUUCAAUCAGCAGCAGCAGCAUGAAGCGCAGCAGCAGCAGCAGCAUGAAGCGCAGCAGCAGCAGCAGCAGCAGCAGCAGCAGCAGCAGCAGCAGCAAGCUGACUUGAGAGAGAGAAGGGUGCGCGAAAUGUGUAUCAUCGCGGGCUCUCCCGAGAAGGAGGCAACGGCGGGGUCCGCCGGCAGCCUCGAACGCAUUGCAUAUGAGGGGGGGGCAGCAGCAGCAGCAGCAGCAGUGGCAGCAGCGGCAGCAGCGGCGGCGGUGGCUGCUGCUCCUGCUGCUGAAAGGGGUCCCCAACACCCCCAGGAAAAAGACAGGCAGAGGCUGCAGUAG